CGGGCGGGUCCCGGCCCCGCUGCUCCGUGCGCGGCGGCGGCGGCGGCACCGGGAGCGGCGGCGGCUGGGGCUGGGGCUGGGGCGCGUCGGCCCCGCAGCUGCCGCUCGUUGCGCUCCGCUCCGCCCGGCCCGGCCCAGCCCUUAACAGCGGCGCGGUCCCGGGACGCCGCAUGUGAGCCGGGAGGGCAGCGCCUCACCGCCCCGCACCGCCCCCGCGCACCGGCACCGCACCGGCACCUCCACCCCGGCUCCGCCGAGCUCCGGAGCAGCCGGCACCCUCACCUACCCCACUCGUCCCGAGCACCCCACCAUGAGCAACCUCAACAAGGACACCGAGCACACCAACGGCAACGCCAACGUCGAGGAGGAGGUCCGGACGCUGUUUGUCAGUGGCCUUCCCGUGGACAUCAAGCCCAGGGAGCUCUACCUGCUCUUCAGACCCUUCAAGGGUUAUGAAGGAUCCCUAAUCAAGCUGACUUCGAAGCAGCCAGUUGGGUUUGUGACCUUCGACAGCCGGGCUGGUGCAGAGGCAGCCAAGAACGCCUUGAAUGGCAUCCGCUUCGACCCCGAGAACCCCCAGACCCUGCGGCUGGAGUUUGCCAAAGCCAACACCAAGAUGGCCAAGAGCAAGCUGAUGGCCACCCCAAACCCCACCAACAUCCACCCUGCCCUGGGGGCACACUUCAUUGCACGGGACCCCUAUGACCUGACUGGAGCAGCUCUGAUCCCAGCAUCCCCAGAGGCAUGGGCUCCCUACCCCCUGUACACCACGGAGCUGACCCCUGCCAUCCCCCACGCUGCCUUCACCUACCCGGCAGCCGCCGCCGCUGCCGCCGCCCUGCACGCCCAGAUGCGCUGGUACCCUCCUUCUGAAGCCACCCAGCAAGGAUGGAAGUCUCGGCAGUUCUGUUAGCUUGGUA